UGCAGUAUGUUCAAAUAAGUGUUUGACUGUGGAGCCUAUACUAUUAAAAGUAUUUAAAUUGUAAGUGUGGCUGACAUAUUUUCCGGGAAAAGGGCUGAUGCCAUAUUUGAAGGGGUCCAUGCUUGGCUGGACGCAGGGUUUAAGGAAGCGGGUCCGCCCGGCCGGCAGUCAGACGGGGACUCGACGGUGAGGGCUUGAGGCGCGGUGUGAGCUGCGGACGGACACCGACCAGAGCUGCACCAGCACGGCUUCACAACAACCACGACCCGACGCGGCAAUGUGCACCUUUCACUGCGGCGGUGGUUUUGUGUCAUAUUCAGAUUGAACAAUGUGAUUGUGAUCGGAGGCACCUCACUUCACUAGAAUGUACUUGAUGAAUGUACCUCCUGUCGCAGCGACUCACACAGAAUGGAGAACAUGUGGCCCACCAGGAGGCUAUAGCCUUCCAAUCUGCCUCAAUGACUCUGACACCGAGUUGUCCACCAGAGGCACACCUAUCUCAGAUAAGGUCCAGAUGAUCAUAGAGAGCCUAAGGAGCACCCAGUCCUCACUCGAGAUGGGCGACGAGAUGGAGGGAAAUGUGCCAUUAGGAGAGGAAGGCCACCCCCAUGUCUGCAAGGUUGCAGCAGGUUCUUUUGGGACCAAUGGGUCCAAAGCUAAAGGUCCCGUCGAGAAACAAGAAAAUCUUUCUUCCCCAGUCAACGAGAGCCAUGACUCAGACAGUGAUGAUUCUGUGGACCGAGGAAUUGAAGAGGCAAUACUUGAAUACUUGAAGGAAAAGGAUGGUCACAAACGUAAGGCGGAACCAUGCACUAAUAUUCUCCAGCAAUCUAAAAUUCCCAGAAGAAGCCCACCUGUUCCAGAGGUUUCCAAACAGAAUUCCGAAAGCAAUACAUAUUUGAUUACAAGCAAUCAGUUUCCCAAAAGUGUCAAAGCAGAGAUGCCCACAGCACCAGCGGCUUUUCCCAUGAAAAAGUAUAUCAAACAUAAGGUCUCACUUAAUGAGAGCCAAGUCCAGAAAGCAGAGUCAAAUAAAAGUGCAACCACAACAGCCAAAAGUUUAGAACUGCCCAGAGAGCAGACAAAGAACCCCUCUAAAACAAUCAGUCUCUUAAACAAGGUUAAGUAUCCGGCUCAGUUGACGGACUCAGAUGAUUCGAGCAGUGAUGAUGGCAUUGAGGAGGCCAUUCAGAGAUACCAGCUAGAGAAGGAGCAGCAGAACCGACAAGAACCUCUGAAGCCAUAUGCAUUCAUAGAUGAAUCUGACUCUACUAGUGAUGAUGGCAUUGAAGAGGCUAUCCGCUGCUACCAGCUUGAGCAACUCAAAGAGAAGAGUGUUCUGAAACCUUUCUUUCAUCAACAAAAACCUGUAUGUAAAACCUUAAUGCAUGCAGUAGGAGGCACAAGCGGGGAAACAUUGAGAAGACCCAAACUGAAAAAGAAAACCAACAGACCAGAGAAAGAAGUGAAAUCGGUUGCAUCUCAUCUUUGCAUACCCAAAAAUACACUUUCAGACAGUGCUAAAGGUAAAGGAAACAGGCUGCUUUCUUUUAAAAUUGGGUUUAAGGAGCACCCUGCCCCUCCAAAGGCUAAUACAACCGCAGAGCUCAUGUGUGCUGAGGCAAUACUGGAUAUUUCUAAAACUGUCAUGCCUGGGGGUUUCCAUCCUACUGUUGGGCUUAGCGGCUGCGCUCCUACUGAAUCAUGUGUGCAGUCUUCACUUCCAGACAAUGACCUGGGCGCUGAAAGUGAUGACAGCUCCGUUGAUAGUGAAGAUGGGAUUGAGCAAGAAAUCAGGAAGUUUCUCGAACAGAAGGCCCAAAUGCACAAACAACCACUUAGCUCUGCUACAACUCUUGAGCCAUGUGGCGUAAAUGAACCUGAAAUGGUAAAAACAAAACAGGUCUCAUCCCAAAAAAAGCCUCAAAGACUGUCUCUAACACAGAAGAGAAGACAGAAAGAGGAACACAGCAUUUCUAACAUGACCAGCAUCAAUAAUGAUGGUAAAGAGACAUUCUCUGAAACUUCACCUGAGCACAAGAAAGAAGUGUGUCCAUACGCACUUUCCCAGAUCAGUCAAAUCCAACCAAUGCCUGGAUUAUGCAAGACUGAGCAAAGCGGAGACAAAAGCAGCUCACUUGACAGUGAUGAGGACCUAGACACGGCUAUAAAAGACCUCCUCAAGACAAAAAAGAAGUCAAAGAAAAAGCUAAGAGACUUGAAACGGAAAUCAAGGAAGUGCCUCAAGAAGGACGAACCACCUCGAAAUGCUAUACAGACCAAAAAGCUCAAACCUGAACUCUUUCCCAAGCAUAGUAGUUUGAAAAAAGUACAAAAGAGUAAGGAUGAAAUGAGAGACAAGUCUAGACUGAGUACAAAGACCAUGUCUCAACAUAAACAGAACAUUAGUAAAGAGCAUGACAUACAUGAAGGAGAAACAGAGAAUAGGAAAGGAAAUGACUGUCAAGACAUCCCGCUACCACAUGAUGCUCAGAUGGCUUUGCAGAUGAAAGACGAUAGUAGUUCUGUAGAUAGUGAUGAUAGCAUCGAGCAAGAAAUCAGAAAGUUUCUGGCUGAAAAGGCCAAAGUUUCCACAGUAGAGAAAAUUAAAGGUGAAGACGAAUCAAGGAAUGGAAAUGUCAUGGUUUGUACUCAAGCUAAAGAUGAGGGUAUUAAACAGGAAAAUCAGCUGGCUGAAAUUCCAAGAAAAAAUGUACCUUCUCCCUCUGGACAAUCUCCUCCUGAUGGUAAACAACCUCACAAUAAAUUGCCACUUCCAAUGUCAUGUAGUUUGCUGCCAGACAACUCCAUCUCCCCUGUUGGUGCACAAUCACAUUUGUCCUCAGUCCAACACUGCAGCCCUGGUCUUUUGGAGCCGGCUGACGGGGCAGGAGCUGUUAGAACAGAGCAGAGGAGGCCUAGCACCACAGGAGGAAAGGCCCAGGAGGACAGCCUGGAGAAGGAAAGAGUUCGGACAGUUUUGAGUUCGAACAUCGUUCAUUCUCGCUCUGAAUCAAUCAAAUGGCGUCAAAGCCUGGGACUGCCCACUACGGACACAAGGACUCUUAGUCGGACUCCAUUUCAUAUCACCUCAUCUAAAAUGAGCGAGACCCCAUCAGGAGCACCAUAUCAAAGCGGGGGCAUUAACUUCAAACUCCAGACUCCAGUGUCUGUUUGGUCUUCUGCAAGGACCAGUAGAUCACCUUUCCCCUCCUCUACAGAGCCAGCUGUAAAUGCCACAUUUCGCUCCCCAGUGUUGAGUUUUCUGUCAGCUGCCAGGCACCAUCCAGGGAUGCCCUUUACACAGAGCCUUGUACCUGGCUUCAGGUCCCAGUGCCCCAAUGAAGGAGAUACUCAGAGUAUGGUGCAUAUACCUAAGGAUAAGAGUGUGUUUGUUGAACUUGAAACUAACAGGACCAACCAUGUCCAGGUCCGAAACAGGGACAUAGAUGAGGGAAAGGAGAGAGCAGUGGACUUUCUAACUGAGAAAAACAGAGAGGGCAAGAGCAUGAAGAUGGAGGAUAAAGAAGAGCAUCUAGAAAGAACAGAGGAGGAAUUUAUUGAUGAGGCAGAGAGUGAGUCAGACAACAGGGGAAAUCCAGAGAAAAAGCAGGGUUUUUCCACAUUGUGUUUGUCAAGUGCUAUAGACCCUGGCAUCACAAUCACACCAUGCAUUGCUCUUACAACAGAGGAGCGAAGCAAGAGGUUUAGCAGGACUUACAUGGCUGAACAUUGCAAGAAGAGGAUGCAGACAUUGGAAUGCGUUAAAAGAAAGCUUCAGUUUGUUCCAGUUCACAGGUAUUUGACCACACUCGCAUGCUUUUUCUAUCUGCACAAAAUGGUCAAAUUCAAACAAUGACAAACUGGUUUUAUCUUUUUAUUUUCAGGAGAAAUGAUGCACCCAAUAAGCACAGUAUGCUUAAAUGAAACAGGAUUCUGCCUGUAAAAUGUAUAUGUAUAUGAUGGUUUGGAAUCACAUCUGUACAUACCGUAUCUUUAAGUUAGAGGUUUAUUGUCUCAUUCUAUCAUUUUAUAUUACAUAUUUCAUUUUCUUCACACAGUUUGACAUCAAAUACAAAACAUAGGUUUGUUUGGUAGUUUAACCAAGGCUUUUUUCUCCUUAUGUCUUCCAUGAACUUUUAAGUUCCAGGGAUUUCCUGAAUACUCUUCACGUUUGUUAAUAUUUGCACUUUAAGUUACCAAGUUGCUAUUUAUAAAAUGUAGUGGGUUGUCCUGGACAAAAGAGGCAGCUUUACAGCAUU